AAACACAUCACCUUUUAAUAGUGUGGUCGCCUCUACAGUGCGUGACAAUGCGUGACAAUGCGUGACGAAACGUGACGGAUCAUUGAACCGUAGAGGCAGAGCAGGAAAACAAAACGUGACGCGGGUAAUUAUUUUGGCUGGAUCGUUGUGAAACAAUGCGUCAUAUCUUUGGUAAUUGACAGAAAUUUCUUUUUGAGUAAUUGGGAGUAAUCCUCUGCCCGUAUUUAAUUUGACGUUGGCUAUAAAGCUCAACUCGAUACACGACCGAGCUCCAGGCGAAGGCAUACAAAAUGUCGCAAUACGCCGGUGGAUAUCCGUCGAGCGAUUUGAGCCGUGGAAUGACUCUGAGAAAUGCUAGCGAAAAUCGAAGGCUUGUUGGUCAUCUUCAACAUCUUGAUCUGCAGCUCCAUCAGAAUCUUGUGAAUAUGCAAGCAGAGAUUAUGCACUUGAAACUCUCGCGCAACGGAAUGCAACACUCACGAAUACGGCGACCCAACACAACAAUGGGAAAGAAUCUAACUGAUCCUAGACACGUGCAAGAAAGGCAGCUUCGCGCGGCUGUUAGGAUCUCACCUCUUGCUGUACAGGGCAGCAAAAGAGAAAUUUCAAAGCCGUUUUUACCACAAAUUAGCACAAAACAAACUGCUUUGGUUGGCAAACGAGCGGAAGGUGUCGAAACGAGACCUAACUCCUCAAGGCAUCCCGGCAGUCCCCGACGAUUUCGGGAACUAUCGACCGAUGGCGCUAAUCCUUUGUCCACUAACACUACAAGUAAUCUAUACAGACCGAGGUCCACGCCAGACUUAUGCAUAUCGCCAGCAAAAUCAGAAAGCAGGCCAGCUACAAGCAAACCAAUGUCUGACUCUGUCGCGGAUGGGGGAAGCACUCGUUCUCUUGAUAAAACCACUUCGCGAAGCCGAAGUUCCGAAGUUAUAUCGCAGCCCUCCUUGGAGUUAAGUGACCGAGUUACUGAUUUCUUAAAGAGACCUAACACCAGCUCAGGGGAGCGAAUCAAAGAGGGGGAAAAUGAACAAAAGCAGUCUGAAAAAUGCGUGGUGCCCACGAUAAAUGUCGAAGAUCAAGAACAAUCUAACGAAGAAAUUGAAGAAAACCCUGACGAGAGCACACAAGCAGUCAAUGAGGGCGACAAAGGUUAUCUGCUAGACGCAGAACUGUUUCGAAACUCUCUUCUCUUAAAAGCUAGUCGAGAUGAUGACUUUUCUAGAUCUAUGCCGGAUUUAUCGAGUCUGGGAUUCAUGGACUUUAAUGAAGUUAUUGAUCAGCGUCUUCGAAAAGUCAAAGAGGAGAUUCCUUCUGAAGAAGAAAUGAGAAAAAUUCGUUAUCUUAGAUUUCGGGACGAGCCAGCACCCCUUCCUAUUUUAUCAGUCUUUGAGAAAGAGAAUAUUCAAGAACUGGAUAAAAUUAACGAGUAGAAAUUAAAUUUUGAUAAAUGAGUAGGAGACCUAUAAAAGAUUUAACAAUGGCUACAAGUUUAUAAGCCGUUACGGUAUCAGACACUUGUCUUAUGGACAAGCAAUAAACCCUCCUCAUAGGUGACAGGACGCUUUACUAUACGGUAUGCAAGCAAUAUUUUGGUGUCUAAUUCCUUUUACUAUUGCAUGCUAAGUCUUUGUUAUUGUGUUUUGACAGGGCUGGCUUACCUACCUACUUAGAACAACAUAAUAGAGAACCUCGGCGUCUUUGUGAACCACAAAAGAAGAAAUUGAAGUUUUAAUACUAAGCGUUGUUUUUACAUUAGCGCGUCUUAUUCUUGGAGGUCAUUGAAACCUAAGAAUUCUCUUCUUCAGGCAAGUGUGAGUAGACAUGACGUAACAAAAAUUGCAUACUUUAUAAACCAUACUUUCACACUGUUCUUCUUCAGCUUCUUUGGUCCAUGAAUUACUUUUGUCAAGUAGGAACAAAACAAUUUCCUUGACGACUUCGGAAUUUUCGAAAAAAUGUCGAAAACUCUUUGUGUUGUUUUCUUUUUGGCUGAACUCGUUAAGUUCUGCCCAGUCGCACGAAUCACUGAGAUUUUUGAAAAAAAAUCGUGAAGAAUUUGAAAACAGCGUUGUUUUUUUGUGUGUUCCUAAAAUAUUUACGUAUUCUUUAAUUUCUACUUGAGCAUAUAGUUUCACGCUAGAGGGGAGAGCUUUGUUUUAGUAAGAGAAAUAAACAAACAAUUUAUCACAGGAACCAAUCUUUAUUAUCCAAAUGUUUAUAAGUCUGGCACGAUGUGAAUACUAUGACGUCAAACAAGGUCACUGAUGUUAUUAGACAGUUUGCGGUCCUUUGUCAAUGAAAAUCCAGGUUAUUACCGGGUACAUUGUAGAAAUAAACACUGUAAAGGGUUU